CCGAGUUCCGUGUCAUCUGCGAAACAUGGCCAAAAUCGGAGGUGUUGUUUAUUUGAAAUUAUUUAUUAUUUGUGCAACGACGUCGUCCCUAGUGGACAGCCUGACCCUGCCCAACUUGGCAACCUCGAAGCCUAGACACACGAAAUUCAGUUCUUCGACCACCGAGCCGGGGAGCGGCUCCCUGGUGACCCCCACCUCCAGCACCGCUUCCAAGGAUCAAAGCGGCGUGGCACUCUACAGGAAUAUCGACAGCAAUAGCCAGGCCACCUGUAUAUUGCUUAAAACUGAUGCCCUUGUAGAAGUUAAGUUCAAACUGCACAAUUUGGAGGAGCAGGCGGACUCUUUUAUACCCGAGAAAGUUUUGGUCGACGGUAAUUGCAAGUACGAGGACGCGCAAUUGCUCAGGAUAAUCUGGACUGGAUAUAAUUUGGAAAUAAAUUUCGCUAAAACGCCGGGAGGUGAAAUGUGGUACAUAAGCAACAUCGAAUUGACUGUCAGUCCCGAUUUGCCGCAGUUUCACGGUAUACAAACCAGAGGUAAACCAAUUAAGCUCUACCACCGUAAAAUGGAAAUCGCUACUCCAGUAGGCAGAUCCUUCAAAUGCGACGAGGUCGACAUCGAUCUAGUCACCGAGGAGAGCGACCAUCCACCUCCAGGUCUUCGCGGCACACUACUACUAAGACUCCUCCAGGUCCAGCCCUUCAUGUACAAGAGCGAAAACUUCGGACCCACGUUCGAAUGCAGAGGCCAAAAGCAGUUCAGAGAUGAGACCGCUCCCAUCGCGGUCGGCUCCACUCUCGCCAUAGCCGUCUUGAUGACGGUCACCGGUUACGGGGCUUUCAGGUAUUUCAAGGUUAAGAAUGUUCAGUACAACACCAUGGAGUAGAUUGUUGUUGAG